AUGGACAGCGACCCAAGCUUGUCGGAGAGGGAGCUCCACAGGCAGGAGAUGGUCGACUACAUCCAGCAGCUCGAACAGGAGCUCAGGCGGACCAGGGAGAGCCUCCAAGCGCUGGAUUCCGGCUCCAGGCUCACGAUAUCGAGCGACAGCUCCAACCAUGACCACAUCAGCGAGCAGGAGCUCGGAACCUUCCCCCCAGAGGAGCAGGCCCAGCUCUCGCCAGCCCAGCUCUCGCCAGCCCACAGAACCCAAGAAGCAAAGACCGAAGUCAUCUCACCCUCCGAGCUCAACCGCUUGUUCUAUGCCGAAUCGUUGACCGCAUUUGCCUAUGUAAACUCGGCGAUCGUCGUCGCCUGGGUUGCUGGCCUCUACAGCCUCCAUUUCGCCUGGAUUGUCCAUGUCAUGUUCUUUGCGGGCAUGUCCUUUCGGCGCAACAUCAUGAGACUGAAGCAAAAAGUCCGCGGCGAGGUUAUCCAGGAAAUCAAGUCGCAGAAGAUUGCCACGGACGCCGAAAGCACCGAGUGGCUCAAUUCGUUCCUGGAGAGGUUUUGGCCGAUGCUCGAGCCCACACUGUCGGCCUCGAUCAUGCAGCUCAUCAACAAUGUGCUCGACGUGAGCAAGCCCAAUUUCCUGGACGAUUUGGUGCUCAAGGAGUUCACCCUUGGCUCAAAGUCGCCGAGAAUCGAGUCUAUCCAGACCCCGCAGCGAACCGAGGCCGAUGUUUUGAUCCUCGACUUGGACCUCUCAUUCAUACCCAUCGACGAGCAGUUCAAAACCAUCCAGCAGCUUGAUAUGCGCAACUCGGUGAUUGAGCUUAUUGCUCGUGUGGGUCGUGGAUUGGCUUCCAUCUCGCUUCCGAUUCUUCUCAAAGAGCUGGAAGUUCGAGCAAAGGUUCGAGUCUAUCUCAAGUUUAUGACGGCGUUUCCCCAUAUCAAGACGCUGCAGUGGGAGUUCAACGAGCAUCCACAUGUGGACUUUAUUCUACGACCGCUAAAGGCUAUGGAUGUGAUGGAUAUCCCCGGUUUGAACUCGUUUAUCAAAGACACGGUCGAUUCACAAGUCCGCAACUUGGGUGUCAGCACCAUCGAGAUCGCGAGUAUCUUCGCCACCGAAGAGCCCGCCGAUAAGCCCGUUGGCAUCCUGCGGCUGAUCAUCCACGAGGCGGUCAAUUUGCGCAACCUCGAAAAUCUACGCAAGAGCGAUCCCUACGCCCGUGUCAUUAUCGGCGGCUCUAUCGUUGCUAGAACCAAGGCGAUUGAGGAAAACCUGGAUCCGUUCUGGAACGAAGAUCUCUAUAUCGUUCUGACCCACAGCACAUUCAAGCAGCUCACUAAUGCAUCUGAUGAGCUGCGGGUCGAGGUCAUGGACUGGAACACGCUAACGGACCGGUCUAUGGGCAUCACACCAACCCUUCAUCUCAACCGCUGGAUCAAGCUCCUUGACGAAUCUCUUUCUUUCCAAACCUCCAACGAUCCCCCAAGGCAACGAGAGGCGGAUUGGCUCGUUGAUCAAUGGGGUCAUCCGUGCGCCGAGAACGAUUCGCGGUUCAAAACCCUCGUUCGCGUCGACGACCCCAACCGCACCACGGGUGGCGAGGUCCGAAUCGACAUGCAGUUCUUCCCGGUGACCCGCCCUGCGCAACCCCUGUCCGCGCCAGUCCUGGGCCUCGUUAAUCCCCCAAUCGAGCUUGGGCGAGGCAUCCUCCGCGUUGUCGUCCACCAGGUGAAGGAGCUCGAUCGCUUCAAAUCCCUCAACGGGCGGUACAGUCCCUAUGUGGUGAUCGAGGUCAAUGACGCCAAGAUGUUCUCGACGCCCGUUCGUCGCAAGACAAACAGUCCGGUGUGGGAUGCACCUUUCCAAUUUUUCUGCAAAGACGCUUCCAGCACAAGUCUCCGCUUCAUCGUCAAGGACCAACGCGGCCUGCAGCAGAAUCCAAUCAUUGGCGAGUGCACCAUCAUAGUGAAAGAGCUGCUUGAUAGAGAAACCAAUGACGACUGGUUCCGGCUGUUUGGCAUCGAGAGCGGCAAAAUACGGCUGACGUUCAUGUUCACGCCUGUGCGUGUGCUGAGCGAAGAUGUUCCGAUGGAGGAGCGGCCGAAUGGAUACUAUCCCGUGAAACCCAUAGGUGUGAUUCGAGUCAAGGUGAAGGAGGCCAAGGGCCUCAAGAAAGUCGACAUGAUCGGAUUGUCGGAUCCCUUUUGCAGUCUCUACGUGGCAGAUCGCCGCUUUGGCAUCACCAACCACAGAAACGCCACGGCGGACCCAGUAUGGGACGAAACCUUCCUCGCUCUGUGCUACACGCCAAGAGAGCUGCUCCGCUUCGAGCUUUAUGGCUGGGGUGGGAACAACAAGGAGAAAGGCGGCAACCGAAGCCUGGGUGUCGUGGAGUAUCCGAUCGAAGACCUCAUUCCGUCUAACGUGAUGCAGAGCAGCGGUGCCGGCGAGGAAAUCGAGCCGCAAGAUGACCGAAAGGGGUCCUCCAAAUCACCGAUCGAGAGCAUCAAGUCCGACGGUGUGAGCGGCGAUCCGAGCCGAGGCAGCUUGGCGCUCAAGGAGCAAUUCAGUUCCCGUUCGAGCCAUGCAUAUGUCAACGGCAAUGGAACGAGCGAGUGGAACGAUCCUCUCAAGUGCGGCUGGAAGCGCAUCGAAGGUUACAGUAACCUGAGGGUUCUGCAAACGCCACACGGCGCCGAUGUCUGGGCACCGAUUUACUUUCCAAAACCGCAAACCGAUUUGGCUCCAGCAAGUCACACGGCUCCGGCAACAAACGAUCCCAAGCCCGCCCCGUUCUCGCAGCAGCCCAGUGGCGAGCAGAAAGGACAUAUGCAUUUCGAGGUCGAGUUCUUCCCGCUGCCGCAGCAGGAUGCUCCCGAGACGGCCCCGGCUGAGCCUCAAGAGGACGAUCCGCCCAGUGCCGCACCGGACCUGACCGACUCGGAGAACUUUACAGACGCAAGUAGCGAGUUUCUCCAACCCAUCAAGGAGUACGAGUCGGAUGUAUCGGUGCUACACAUUCGGCUUCACGAUUUCAAGAGCUCAAUAGAUCCAAUCGAUAUGAUGCCGUAUGUUGAAGUCAAUGUCGAGGGCGAGCCUGUUUGUUUCCAAACCCGGCCCCAGAAGUUGCGAUGCUGGGAGGAAGCAACGAGUAUCCUGGUCAAGAAUGUUCGCACCAGAAUCCACAUUUGCGUUCGCAAUGUGAGCGCAGCCCGCCCAAGCCCACAAGACCCUAUCAUUGGCAAGUGGGUUGGCGAAAUCAAGGGCCUCGAUGGCUCAUGGAGUCUUAAAUUGACCCGGCCGAGCCGCACAAAGGCCGGAAACACCAACGGCUCCGGCUCAAUGAGCUCGAGUUUCACGUCGCACGACAUUGAUGCCGGUGUCAUCGGGGUUUCUUGCGAGCUGGUCAACGUCCCUGUCCACCACGAUGACCUCGAGUUCCAGUCGGGAAAGCUGUUCAUCGAUAUCAUCGAUGCCGAGAGACUGCAGCCCAACGAUCUUGGCGCCACCAUGAAUCCUUACUGCUCAGUGUAUUUGGACGAUGCACUGCUGCACACAACCAUGGUGCAUUCCAAGACAAUGAACCCGCACUUUGACGAGUCGAUCACAGAGUUUGUCCGAAAGCGCUCGGGCUCCCUGCUGCGGUUCGACAUCCACGACCGCAACAAGCUGAAAUGGGACGGGCUGCUGGGUUCGUUUCGCGUGCGCUUGGCGAGUCUUCCGAUCCGAACCAUAGUCAAGCGCGAGUACCAGCUCGAGGGAUCCAAGAACCCUGGCCGCAUCCAUGUGCGGCUGCUUUUUGAGCCCUCGGCGGAUAUCCCGCGGUCGCUGCUCAACACAAAGGCCGGUGUGGGCCGCGCCGGUCCCGGAAGUGUUGUGCGUUCGAGUCGCCGAAGCAGCGUUACGUCGGUCUCAUCCACACAUCUGUCGCCGCUGGCGCGGGGACUGGCUCGCGAACAACGCUCGUCCGAGGAGUACAGCACCUCUGGCACGAACCGCCAGCUCAGCCCGAGCACCGAAAUCUCGCCGUCGCUGAGCGAGGUGCCGCACUCGAAACGCAAGGCCAGCAUGCAUAUCAAUGUGUCCAGCAACGGCGAAUCGUCCACGGCCGACCGCGACGUGCUGCUCACUCCUGGAGCCGACAUUACCCAGCUCCUGAGCGAGGCGGCCGACGGCAGUUUCCUGAGCGAAUCACAGGUUCUAGGUUCAAUUGCCGAGCUCGGAGACGGCACUGCGUCUUUCACGCAGGACCAGCCCCUGAUGGACGGCGGCCAUUAUCUGGAUGUCACUGCUAGCAUCGUCGAAGCCAAGGGCCUCGUUGGAUUUGAAAUCAAUGGCAAGUAUCCGGCGUGGCAAUCGCUCGUCGGGUGA